AUGGGAGGAGAUCAUCAUGAAGAUCACGAUUCAGCUUUAUCACAUGAAAUAAAAGCCGAAGAAAUUAAGAGAUUAUAACCCUUCUACCAAAAGAGAUUACCAUAUAUAUUGAGACCAUUUGCAUCUUUCAUUUAUCACAGUGUUCCAACUAUCAACACAGAUAAUUACGAACACAAACCAAUAGAAAAUUAUUCUGAGUCCCAGAUUAUCAAUAGAACCGUGUUUGCCCUUCAAAAAUUACAGCUUUUGAAUCCCAAUUUCUUCACUCCAUAAGAAAAUCGUAUAUUGUCCCCAUUACCUUCUGGCAUAGUGUCAUAUACCCUUCAAUUCGCUUGCUCAGCCAUGAAUGCAAUUUACGGAGUGUAUUUAUAUAAGACAUGGAGUAUCAAUGCUAAAUCAAUUGGACUUUGGGCAGUAUUUUUAGCUACCCAAUAAGUAUGCCUUUAAUACCCAAACUUCUUAAGUGAAACUCUAAUUCAAUGGCCAAGAAGAAGAAGAUUAGCAAAACAAUAUCUUGAAAUUUAUGGUCCAAAUUAUUUCCAUUAAAUCAUCGACCCAAGAUUCAGUGUUCAUAAACUAGAAACAUUAAAAAACAUUGCAUGA